AUGGAGGACGAGGACUCUGAUGUGGCGGCCAACCUCCCGCUCCAUCACCUCCAGAGGAAACAACGAAGGAAAACCAGAAGACAGAGCCAGGGGGACGGGGAGCAACCUCCAAUCAUCCAGGGUCUGUGGGUGCAGGAGAUUGAUUGGCUGAAGUCGGCGAGCAAAGAGACGACAACAUCCUCGGCCGAGAUCAUACCGCCUCCUCCUCAGUUUACUGACUGCAGCCAUGGAGACUCCUGCGUACACAAAGGCGGUGCAGAUGUGUGUGUGAGAGGAGUAGAGGAUGUGUCACCAUCAGAGGACUGUUACAGAUCAGUGGAUACAAACGACAAAGGAGGCUCAGACUCCGAUUGCAGCCUGGAUCGGGACUCUGAGUCUGUUUACACUCACGAAAGCGAGUCAGACUCGUCCUGCGCCGCAGAGGACGGCACACAAGCGCCUGGUAGUUUGGGAGUUGAAGACAGAAUGUCAAAUUUAGCCUUUGACCUGAUGCAGGUGUCUGGUUUUACCUCUUCCUCUCAUGCAGAGUGGGAUUCAGACUCUACAGGGUGUGUUCGAAGCCUGCUGGGAGUUUCAGAAUCCAACUCCACCCCCAGCACUGUGAAUGCAUCCCAGCGUGCCUUUGGUGUGGAUGACAUGAGUGAUAUUGACACGGUUUUGGGCGGCCUGAGAGGCAGAGUGACGCAGCUGCCAAAGCUCUUUGUUUCACCUUUCUUUAGAGAUUUGAACAAACAGACUCUGAACGACUGGGAGAGCAGCACACCUGUCAAUGAAGGACUCAUAUUUCAUCAUCAACUUCAGCCCAGCAGCUGUCAGUACAGGGAGGGAGAGGAGUACUGCGUCCUUCAUCACAUACAGAACGGCUCGUACGGCGACGUCUUCUGUGUCCGGGACAAAAGGACUGGAUUCAAAUGUGCUGCCAAGAGGAUACCAGUGAGUCACUUCAGCAGCGAGGAGGUGAGCACGUGGAGCGCUCUCAACUCUCCCCGUGUUGUGGAGCUCUUUGGGGCCGUGAGGGAGGGCCUCAACAUUGUGCUCUUCAUGAACCUGAAGCCAGCAUGUUUGGCCCAGCUUCUAAAAGAGAUGAACUCCCUCCCUGAGGAUUUGGCCCUGCACUACCUCCACCAGUCACUGGGGGCACUAGAGCACCUGCACCACAGAAAGGUCCUUCACCUGGACGUCAAAGUUGACAACGUGCUGCUGUCUGCAGACUGCAGAGACACGUUCCUCUGUGACUUUGGUCUCUCAGAGACUUUAGAUGACAACGGAUGGAGCACCAACGCAUUCAGGGCCGCCUUCCCCGGCACAGAGACCCACAUGGCCCCCGAGGUGGCUCGAGGGGAUCGACUGUGUGCCAAGGCGGACGUGUGGAGCAGCUGCUGUAUGCUCCUGCACACGCUCAACGGAUGCCACCCAUGGAUACGCUACUACUCCCAUCCUCUGUGUCUCCAGAUUGUCAACGAGCCUCCUCCUCUGUGGGAGGUGCCGUCCAACUGCAACAACUUCACGGCCAAAGUGUUCAGGGCCGGACUCCAGAAAGACCCUGAGAGACGAGCAUCGGCAAAGGAGCUCCGGAGGAAAACCACCAAGGCCCUCAGAGCAGUUGGAGGUCUGAGUCCCUGGUCCGUCAAAAGUGCCUGUGAGAAGCUGCAGAGUGACCAGAGCCUGAGUGAGGACACCCCCUGCUCUUUGUCACCUGGGAUCAACCCAACUAAACCAUCAGCCACGAUGUACUGGGUGAGUCCCUGGAGGACUACAGCAGUGGACGAGGACUGGAGAGAUGGCGACUCAGACCAAGACUCUGAGGUGGAGACAGACUCCUCAACCAGGGAAUGGGAGUCCCGGCCAAAAUCGCUGCAGGAUGAUUACUCUGCCAACGGAAAAGACUGGGACACCGAUUCUGAUUCAGAGGUGGAUAUUUACAUGGCGGAGGAGGAACAAGUUCAGGAAAAGUGGCUGAAAGGUGACAGGGACUACGAGGGGGAUUGGGAGGAGGAAGUAGAUGAAGAGGAGGAGGAAGAAGAAGAGUGGGACUCCUCCGUGUCCACAGAGUAUCUCCGAGCUCUCCGAGGCAUUUUCCCUCUGCUGCAAAAAGGCCAACAGACAAACGACAAUUCAUGGGGAUCAGAGCCGGAGCUGGAAUACCUCCGAGACGAGGUAGCUAUCGGCACCACAAUCCAGACCCCGUCCCCUGAACCCCGAGAUGACCCUCCGUCCUGCUUCAGCUGCUCGGACACGUCACAGCUGGAUGCCUCAGAGAAGGAGUCCGAUCACUCGUCUGAUGAUCUGAGCUCUGGAGUCUUCUCCUCCUGCAACAGUCAGGCAGACGGACACUUGGAGUGGUUGGCCUCGGCCAAUCAGUCGUCCUCGUACUGCUUCGAGGGUGUUGACAUCUGGAUUGAGAACGUCCAGGGAGAGUGCCUGAGGAUCCGGGAACGUCGGCAGGUCAAAGUGGGACAUGUUGCGAUAGGAGUCAGCGAUCAGAUCCCGGGGAAAGCCUUCACGCUGGAGACGCUGGACAGGAAGACAGUGUCCUUUGAGCAAGAGAUCAGAGAGCCGUGUCUGUGGCUGCGCUGCGUUCCCGCUCCGGACAGAUGUCAGCGCUGGAGGUGGAGAGUCACCGACGGAAAGCUGGAACUUCGAGAAUGAGACGGACAAUUUUUUUAAAUGAUUUUUGCACUAAUUUUGUC